UGUCAAGAACACACAGCUUUCAUGUCUUAAUUGAUUGUGAUCCAAAAUUUGUUGAUUCCGAAUGGCUUCCACUUCCAAGCUUGUUCUUGGUUCAUCAUCAUUUCCUCAUCCUACUCCAUCAUCUCUUUCCAUCACAACUGGUUCAAUUGCAACAAAAGCUUUAUGGCACAAGAACAGAAAACUCCAAUCCUUGGAGCAUAACUGGAACCAUUCUUACAAAUUCAUUCAUGGAGGAUCCAAGCCACGAAAUUCUUUUGUAAAAGCAACUUCUGAACCGUCUCAUACACAAACCAUUUGGAACUCUACCAAAGAUAUCAUGCACACUCUCCAAAAGUUUAGUGGAUCUUAUUAUUUAAUUACUGUGAUAAUGAGCAUAUCUUCGACAUCGGUCCUUGCAGUGGAAAAUUUAUCAGAUAUAUCUCCAAAAUUUUUUAUUGGCUUAUUCAAGUUUAUCAUACCUAUCAUGUUCAUGCAUUGGUAUACAGUUGGCAUAAAUCAACUAGUUGAUAUUGAAAUAGACAAGAUUAAUAAGCCAUACCGUCCAUUGGCAUCAUCGAAAAUUUCUUUUGGAGGUGGACUCGCUAUUGUUGCAGCAUCUUUAUUUAUGAGCUUUGGACUUGCGCUGAUGAUAGGAUCAAAGCCUUUGCUUUGGGGUCUCAUAUUAAUUUUUAUACUGAUGACUGCUUAUUCAGUGAACUUACCCUUUUUAAGAUGGAAGAAAUCUACAAUUCUUACAUUACUGUCUGGCGUACCAACUAUUCUCACUGCAUAUAAUUUGGCACCAUAUCUUCACAUGAAGACCUUUGUGCUGAAGAAGCCAUUUAUAUUUACAAGAUCACUAGCUUUUACCACUGUGGUCAUGACCUUCUUCUAUGUAGUUAUAUCAUUGUUCAAGGACAUUCCCGACAUUGAAGGAGAUAAAAAAGAAGGUCUUCAAACUUUGUCUAUUCGCUUGGGUCCUAAACGAGUAUUUUGGUUGUGUAUUUCACUUCUUGAGAUGACUUAUGGAAUUGCCAUUAUAAUGGGAUUAACAUCUCCAUUCCUAUGGAGCAAAAUCUUCACGGUUAUGGCACAUGCCAUCAAUGCUUGGAUUUUGUGGUUUCGUGCUAAUUCUGUAGAUUUAAAGAGCAAAGAAGAUUUCCAAUCCUUUUAUAUGUUUAUCUUUAAGCUCCUUUACUUGGAGAAUGUCCUUGUGCUUUUUGUGAGAUAAAGAAGCAAUAAAUUAUUGAUUUAACAAAGAGUGCAACCUUUGCCAUAUCUCAUUGUUUUUGUUUUGGUCUACCAAUAAAAUAGGAUUAAGAUUCUCUAAGGUCAGAAAGGUGAUAAAGUGAAUAUAAAUAACAGAAAU